AUGGGAGCAAGGUCUCGCUCUUCCAGAUCCGUGUCUCCUCAAAGCCAGGCCCUUAGCGAUGGCAGUCGCUCUCCAACCUCUGCAGCACCGAAGACUCUAGCUCCCAGACCACCAAUCAGAGCCCGCAAGUCGGUAAAACAACUCGAGGCUGAAUAUCACGAUUCAGAUGAGGAUGUGCCCGAAGAUGCCGUCAUCUGGAAUGUUCCCAUCUCUCCACGUCCUCCGAUGCAAUCUACCCCUCCUAGCCCGACAAGGACUAUUUCGACCGCUCUUACCCCAGAACUCAAACCAACAGAUAGCAACACAUCCUCAAAAGACGAAUCUCCCCGCUCUGCCACGCGACCCAAUAUGCGUCACAGCGCUACCAUUGGCGCAUACCCACCAGAUCCGACCUCGCCCAGGCUUCAGCGCGGCAGAACAUGGAAUGAAGAUCUCAGUGAGGAAGCCCGUGAGGUGGCAGCCGCUUUGGAGGAGCACGCAGAACGCGUCUCUGAGGAAAGACGUCGUUCAACUCGCAACAGCACCAAUGGCAGUCCUCCGAGACCUUCUAUGAAGCUCAGAACAAAGACAAGCGUUAUGGAGUUGCCUCCUCUACAAAAAGGGAACGUCAUGAUCGAUCCUCUGCCAAUCAGCAAAGAGAAGGAGGCCGUACUAACAAGGACACGUCCCUCGUGGCUCCCGCCGAAAAGUCAAAAGGAGGAGAAGAAGCACAUAAAAGAGUGGGAGAGGAUGAUGGCAGCUGCUGAAGCAGUCGAGAAGAAGCGCAUCGCCAAAGAAGCCGAGCAACAGCAACAACGCAAGCAUGUCGAAUCCAACAUCGCACGUAUCUGGGAGCAACAUGUUAUUCCCAACUGGGAUCACGUAAUCAAGGAGCCUAGAACUCGCGAACUCUGGUGGCGCGGUGUGACCCCAAGAGAUAGAGGUACCGUCUGGAGCAAGGCCGUCGGCAACGAGCUGUCAUUGACCGAAGUGUCAUACGCCAAUGCUCUCAAGCGUGCUCGUGCUUUACAAUCCACAGUUAAUGAGCUUCCUGAAGAAGAACGAUCCAAGCACGCCGAUGCAGGUUGGCUGGCCGCCAUUUCACGCGAUGUCCCAACUGUCUUCCCUGAGCUCGGCAUCUUCGGUCCUGGAGCACCUCUUCACGCUACACUUGAAGACGUACUACUGGCUUACUCUGCCUACCGCAGUGACGUUGGUUACGUCUACGGAGUUCACACGAUCGCUGGUUUGCUUGUACUCAACAUGAGCGCUUCGGCCGCCUUCAUUACCCUUGCCAAUAUGCUUAAUCGGCCUUUGGCUCUCGCCUUCUUGAUCAACGAUCAAGCCACCGUUUCUCGCAUCUAUUCGACUGUUCUCUCGACAUUAAAGUAUAAGAUGCCCCGUCUGCAUGAACAUCUUACAAGUACCGAAGUCGGCUUCAAAGGACCCGAGGAAUGGUUACAUCCAUUCCUCGCUACCCUUGGCACUCAACUACUCUCUCCUGACUCGUGCAGUCGACUCUGGGAUAUCGCCGUAUUCGAAGGCGACAAGACGUUUGUACGUGCGGCUGUCGGCAUACUGGCAUUGCUCGAGAGCAGACUCUACGGACCUCGCGAGGAACUUCUAUCUCUCAUCGGCUGGGGUGCGCGACCUCUGGAGUUUGAAGAAGAACAAGUAAUUGUCGCCAUCCGUGAAGCUGGCAAGAUAUCUCCCCAAAACUCCACCUCUGAUCUGAGCAAUGGCAACAAGCGAUAG